AUAUUAUUAUAAUCUUACAGCGCCUUUUUCCUUCUUUCGUUCUGAUCAGUUCGCAGGAAAAAGAGGGAGCGAGCCCUCGGCGGCUCCGUAGUAUUAUUCAUCAGGGUUCUUGAAAUUCAUAGAAACAAUCAGCAUGAAUAACAAUGGAGAUACUGGUAGCCCUGGAUCAGGUCCUUCAUUAUUUGUGCAAACAAACGAAGACGUUGAAAGAGCUGUUGCAGCUGCAACAUCUCCUGGAACAAUUCGUUCACCACGUCCGUCUGUAGUUUUCUCAUCUAGGGAUGAUGAUGCUGGUAGCCCACUUAAGAGGCUGCAAUUACAGGUUGCGCGGAUGUUAAAAGGUUUAUCACCUUCACCUGAAGUGAAGAGGGCUACCUACAAUCCUGAGAUCCUAACCAGUCAGAAACGUCAGUGGGCAAGGUCUCAGAUGGAAUAUCUGGAUCACAGGUCUGUCAAGGAACCAUCGAGGCUUUUUGAAAGCAUGGUGGUGGUUGGACUCCAUCCUAACACAAAUGUUCAAGAAUUACAAAAACAGCUCUUGGAAAGGAACAAUGAAGAUACGAAGAAAUCUAGAAGCAUAUUGAAUCACCACCAUCAAGUUCAUGCUGAUCUAGAUCUUGAUCCUCAGGUUCUAUUUGUAUAUCCUCCAGAAAAGAAGCUACCUCUCAAAUACAAGGAUCUCCUUUCUUUUUGCUUUCCUGCUGGAGUGGAGGUUCGAGCUGUGGAAAGAACUCCUUCCUUGAGUGAGCUAAAUCAAAUACUUGUUGGACAGGAACAACUAAAGCAAAGUGAUGUGUCUUUUGUAUUUCGCUUACAGGUGGCUGAUAAUUCAACUUUGUAUGGAUGCUGUUUUCUGAUAGAAGAAAUAAUAAAAAGGCCUUCAAUUUUGGUUUCAAGGCUUUCAGGAGAGCAAAAAUUCUCUGCUCCAUUGAGCCGUCAUAUACUAACUACACCUCGCUGCUAUUGCAUUCUGUCAAGGCUUCCAUUUUUUGACUUGCAUUUUAAUAUACUGAAAAGCAUCUUCACUGAAGAAAGAUAUGAAGGAUUGUCACAAGGCAUUGAAUUGUUGAAUUUGCUGUCUUUGGAAGAAAAAUAUGAGGAUGACAAUGCACUUGAAAACUCUGUAGAUACUCAACAGGAUAAACUAGCUGCUGAGGAUUUAAAGGGCUCGACUGAAUGUUCUGAGCCAACUAUGGAUGAUUCUCCCGUGCAGGAGUCGUCUGACGGUGGUUCUGUGAGUAACCAGCUGCCUAGAGAAGAAAUCAAUUCUGAGAAAGACGGCAAGAAUAACACAACUAUUGACAGUAAUUUAGAACCAAGACAGGAGGUUGCAGAGUCUGGACCUACCAUGCAAAAUGGUCAUAAUGACUAUUUUAAUGAAACCAUGGAAAACAAACCAUCUCAAACGCAUCUUCCAAAUGCUGUUUUGCCACUUAUCCAGCAUUACCAGCAUGAAAGAUCUGAACCCUUCUCCAGCCUGCAGGGCUUUUCUAGUGAAGACCGACAUUUUAGGAGUGAUAUGGAUGAGACGGAGAUCAAUGAGCCAUCUUCUUCUGGGCAGGAAGAUUCAAAUGUUCAAAAUGAGAUUCUUAACUGGGCAAAGGCAAAUAGUCACGGGUCCUUGCAAAUAAUUUGCGAAUAUUACCGAUUGCAAUGCCCUUCCAGAGGUUCCACACUUACUUUUCAACCUUUGGAACAUCUUCAUCCUGUUGAGUUUCAAAGGCCUGGUGAAACAGUUCUUCAUAUUGCUGGAUCCUCCAUUGAUCUUAGAUCUUGCAAUACCAGCUUAAAAAUGGCUGAGGCAUAUGGUGCACAAUUGGCAGAGGAGGAGGCUGCUGCUCUCUCUGUAUGGACAGUUGCGUGCAUAUGUGGUAACUUGAGGCUUGAGCAUGUAAUGUUGAUGUUUGCCGGGGCGCUACUGGAGAAGCAGAUUGUUGUAGUUUGCUCUAACUUGGGAGUUCUAUCUGCGUCAGUCUUGUCAGUAAUUCCAUUGAUUCGUCCCUAUCAGUGGGAGAGCCUUCUUAUGCCAGUUUUGCCAAACGAUAUGCUGGAUUUUCUGGAUGCACCUGUGCCUUAUGUUAUUGGCAUAAAAAACAAGACGCCCGAGCUGCAAUCGAAGUUGGCAAAUGUUGUUCUUAUUGAUGUUAACAAGAAUCAGGUGAAAUCUUCCUCCAUGCCACAAUUACCCCAACAUAAAGAGUUGUUUUCAUCUUUAAGCCCCUACCAUACAAAGCUUGUGGGUGAAAGCUACCUAGCCAGAAGAAGGCCAGUUUAUGAGUGCACAGAUGUCCAGGUUGAAGCUGCUAAAGGUUUCUUAGCAGUCCUUAGAUCUUAUCUAGAUUCACUUUGCUCAAACUUACGGUCUCAUACUAUCACCAAUGUACAAUCAAAUAAUGAUAAGGUAUCCUUACUUUUAAAGGAGAGUUUUAUUGAUUCUUUCCCAUAUCGUGACAGACCCUUCAUGAGGCUCUUUGUUGACACUCAGCUCUUCUCUGGACACACCGAUCUCGUGCUAUCAUUCUACCAAAAGGAUUAGAGCAGUCAAUUAUUUAUACAACAUUGGAGCUUUCAUGGAAGAGGCCAUGCUUGAUCAAAGGUACAACAGAACAGGGAUCAAUGAAACUAUCUUCUGUUCAUUUUUGUUGUCUCAUAUGUAAAGUACCAGAACAGAAACUUUGAUGUUAUGCCUAAAGCUGCGCGUGAGAGUAUAAUGAAAAGAAAGGCCUUCUGCAUUUUGAUCUUUUCUCCUAAA